AUGAACGAGGCCCCUCUCAAAGUCGAGAGGCCGCAAAGCGAUGAUGAGGCCCGCCUGGCAGCUCUGGGCCAGGAGCAAGCCAUGGGCCGCCACUUCAACGUCUGGUCCUUGAUCUUCCUCGCCUUCUGUACCAGCGUCACCUGGGAAGCCCUCACUUCCACCAUGGCCCAAUCCCUUCGGGCGGGUGGCAGUUCCAGCCUUGUGUGGGGGUUCGCCGCGGCAGCUAUCGGAGCCAUGGCUAUCGCCCUAUCUCUCAGCGAGUUCUCCAGCAUGGUUCCGACAGCCGGAGGACAAUACCACUACGUGGCUGCCCUUUCUCCACUCAAAUACAGACGGCUCUUUUCAUGGAUCGCCGGCUGGGCCACUAUCUGGAGUUGGCUUCUUUCUGCCCUGACGGGUACAUUCUCUAACGCCUUGCAGCUGCAGGCGUACAUUAUAUUGUUCGCUCCGAACUACGAAUAUCAGCGAUGGCACACAAGCUUGAUUGUCAUCGCUAUGACUACCUGCUUUUUUGGGCUUAAUGUCAUGGGUACUCGCUGGCUGCAUCGAUUGACUUUCCUGGGUAUCAUGCUGCACAUUUCUGGAUAUGUCACCAUCAUCGUGUACCUCUUGGUGAAGGUGCACCCGAAGAAUACGGCCACUUAUGUCUUCGCUGACCUAACUAAUCUGAGCGGGUGGAAAAGCGACGGGGUCUCGUGGUCAAUCGGUCUGAUGAGCUCUGCGGUGGCAUUUAUUAACUGGGACUCGGCCACGCAUAUGGCGGAGGAGAUGCAGAAUGCGUCAAGGGAUCUUCCACGAGUCCUCUAUGGCUGCGUUGCCCUCUCCGGUAUCCUUACCUUCCCUUGGGUAAUCGCCCUAGCCUUCUGCAUGACAGAUAUCGAGGCUGUGCUGAAUGGGCCGGUGGGAAGAAUCUGCCCGCUAGUGCAGCUCGUAUACAACGUUUCAGGCGGCAGUCAAUCCAUGACUCUUGGAAUCACCUGGUUCUUCCUCUUCCUGGGCUUCUUCAUCGGCGGUCCAGGGUGCAUGGCAGCAUCAUCCCGCGUCAUCUGGUCAUUCGCGCGAGAAGGUGGUCUCCCGGACUGCUUUUCGCGUGUCCACGGCCGACUUGAGGUUCCCGCCAACGCAUUGCUGCUGUCAUGGGCCGGGAUAUCCGGUCUAGCGCUUAUUUACAUUGGCAACGAGACCGCCUUUUACGGAAUUGCGUCCGGUGUGACUGUGGUGAUGAUUUUCUCGUACGCGUUGCCCAUCUUCCUCCGGAUUAUCUACGGCUUUGAGCACACAAAUUUGCAGCCCGGUCCUUUCACACUUGGUGCUUGGAGCAUGCCGAUUAAUGUCUUUGCCGCGUGCUGGUGUAUUUACCUUAUCAUCUUCCUUUGCUUCCCCUCUGUCGUUCCUGUCACGCCGGAAAAUAUGAACUAUGCACCUCUUAUCUUUGGGGCAAGUAUGUUGGUCGCCGCUGGGACUUGGUGGGUAUAUGGUAGUCGGCUUUAUCUCGGAGUUUUAUCCGAGGAAGUUAGCCUUAUUCAACCCGAGGAGAUAGUGGUGGAUCAGCAUAUUGAAGAUGAGAAGAAAGGGGGAGAUAGCUCUUUGGGUAUAUAG